CUACGAUCUCCUUCAUAUUUCAAUUAUGCUGUUCCUCUUAUAUCUAUUAUCUACCCCACGAACAUAGAUCCAUCCCCAUGCCUCCCACACAUUUCUUACUCGCCUUAUAGCCAUGUCCAUCCUCGUCUCCACGUUCGUGACGCUUCCCCUCCUCACCCUCAUCUCCGUCCCCCUCGCCCUCUCGGCAUGCAUCACCAUCUGCUUCUCCAUUCUAGCUCUCAUCCUCCGCGGCUCCCUCAUCUACACCGAGCUAUGCUUCGCCAUCAUCGCCAACUAUUUUGUUGUCCCAAUGGCCCCCCACACCUCCCUCUUCAACUUCUCCGCAUCUGAGCCAACCACCCCAGCAGCCUCCUCGACCCCCAAACGCCGCUCCAUUGACCACAGCAUACCAGGCCUCCUCGCAACCCACCGUCAAGGCUACCCUUUCCCCCGUACCCAACCCCGUCCGCCUCCUCAUCGAACAAGCAGCUCCACAACUUCCUCCUCUUCAACCUCUCCGGACAACAACAACCACCAGCAGCAUACCCCUCACCGCAAACGCACACCCCCGCAUCACACCACCCCCUCCGCCCUCCUAACCCUCAUCAGCGGCGACGAAGACCGUGACUUCGAAGGACUAGGCGGCUGGCGCAGCGCCACAACAAAAUACCUCGGCCAUCUCUCAGGAACCGCCUCUCCAUCCCCAAACGAUACAACCGACGAAAGUGACGAACGAGCAUGGCUCUCCAUCAACCGACGCCUAGAACUCCCCUUCCAGCCUCUCUUCCCUCGAAACAACUCCAACCUCGAACCCCUAGACACCCUCCCCUGGAGACACCGUCAAAUGGCCUCCUCAAUCAGCCCCCCCGGCACUGGUGGUAGUGGUAGUCAUAAUACUAGUACUCGCCAUCACCAUCGCUCCGCCACCACCUCCCUGGUCUCUAAUAGAUUAUCCCCUAAUUCCUCACUACCGGACUCCCACAGCCUGGAUCCACACCGUAGGACUAUAUCACCAUCACAGCAGCAGCAGCAGAACACACUUCCUUGUACGCCUUCCCCUGUCGAGAAAUUCCCAAGUGCACCGCCGAUAGGAGCUCAGGGAUCCAGUCCUCCCGAAGCAGCGGGCGGGUACUUUGCUUUACGACCCGGCAGCACGGCCAGUACAAGUGGGUCGACGACGCCGGUCGAGGAACGACGAUCGCCUAGACCCUCCGGCCGGUACAUGAUCCAUUACCCCACUGGCGUACGAUAUCGUCGCAGGAGUAUGUCCGGGCCGAAUUCGGGGACUCGGUUGACCAAGUCUUCGGCGGGCACGGAUCGGACGUUGUAACUUUUGGAUACUGGCAUUUAUGGGAUUUGGGAUAUGAGAUAUGAGAUAUGAGGACAUGUAUAUGAUUUUUCUUCUUUUGAACAAUAUUGGAUUUGAAAUAUCU